UAUACCUUAAAAUAAUAUCUCUCUUUUAUCUGGGAAGCAAAAGCAACGGAAAAUUCAAAGGCUCUGAAAAUGGGUUUUGCAUUACAAUGCUCAAAUUAUGGCUAUUCUAUUUGUUUCCCUCAUCGAUUCCCCUUCUCCCAAACCCCUCUAUCUUUUCACGCUUACCACUGGAACGGAUUCAAGAGUGCUCGAGAGAAUCACAAAGUGGUACUUUCUGCUAUGGACGAGCGAAGCUCCAACCUCGGUUCCCAGAGGAAAAGAAAAAUUGUGGAACACGUUUGUCUGCUCAGAGCAAAGGAAGAUUUAUCAGAAGAGGAAGAGAACGACAUGCUGGAUUAUUUGUACACAACACAGUAUCAAAUGGGUGGUGUUGUUGCAAUUUCAUUAGGGCGCAUUUCUGCUCCAAAUCCUGAGCACUAUACGCAUGCUCUAUAUAUGCGGUUUCAGAGGAAGGAAAAUCUCGAAAAGUUCUACGAGAAUCCCUUUUACUUGAAAGUUCUCAAGGACCAUGUAAUGACUUACUGCCAUGGAUUAAUUAAUGUCGAUUAUGAGUCCGAAGUGGAAGAUGAUAUGCUUUCUAUAUUUCGCAAAGGAGAGGAGUUCAACCAUGGUGUGGAGUUUGUGCUUCUGAUAUCAUUUAAUAAGGUUGCAUUGGGUAAUCUGGUGGAACAUGCAUUGGCCUCUCUGGCAUCGAUGAUGUUGGGAUCUCCUUCCUUGAUAGUCCAAUUUACUCAAGGUCUUAAUUUUAGUCCAAGCUCUAAGGAGUAUACUCAUGGAGUAGUGAUACGAUUUCGAUCAGUUGAGGCAUUCAAGAUAUUUAUACACAGCAAAGAGUACCAAGAUAUAUGGUUGUCUAAGUUCCAGCCUAUUGUCCAGAAAUCAUUGUCUCUUCAUUUCUCUGUUGAUCCAGUGGGAACUGAGAUUAUGUAGUGAGGAUGACUUACGGUUUUCAACAAGAGAUGCGGCUUGGUUUCCUCUUCCUCUCAAGAACAAGGAUGAAGGUUAUUUACCGCUUUCUCUUUCCACUUACACGUUCUUUUGCUCUGAAUUAUGAAUAUAGUGUAGGUGUCCACUUCUUUCUGCAACAUUCUGUAACUUAAUUGCCUCAAGGAAGUUUUUGUUGCUUAUUUGCAUACCUGUAUAAUUUGUAUAUGUAUAUUUUCUAAAUGCUUAAUAGGUUCUGGACCUGCUAUCUUCUAUUGCUUUGGUUAAAUUUGCUGUUACUUAA